UAAGUCCUAUGGGAAUUUGGGCAGCGCUUUCCCCAUUACAACCUGCUGACGUGGGCAUUGUGGUUCAUCUCGAGACAUUUGCAAUCGGAUCAUCCAUGAGAUCUCUCUUACAAAAUGGUUAUGGCAAAAUGUUGACACUCGAGAAAUAAUUCGUCGAGGCCUUAAUUGAAAUAAUUGAUAUGGAAUGGACCUUGAAAAAGAGUGCUUUCUCCUUCAUUUGCAUUUAUUUGCUUCCUUUCAGUUUAGAAGCUUUGCUUCUGGGGAACGUAUCCUGUGGAAUCCAGCUUCGUGUGCAAUCUAUACAAUCAUCAAUUAAGGCCAUAGGAUCCAACGUCUGAGGUUUUUUUCACUUAAACCCUCCCAUCUGGAUACACGGGUUAGAUUUAAACCCAUAGGUGGAGGGGCUUAAGGGGAAAAAACCUCAGAUGUUGGAUCUAGAUCCUGUGACCUUAAUUGGUGGUUGCAUAGGUUGCACAUGAAGCUGGGUUGCAUAUGAUACGUUGCCUUGCUUUCUGAUGUUGAACUGCUUAACUAUCCUUUACAAAAGGAAAAAUGAUGGUCGUUCAGGGUUCCUGCAUAUUGCUGGCAAGUUUUCAGCAAUAAAUGCAGCGGGCCUUCACUCCUGGAUACAAAGUUAGAAACUAGAAUUGAAGCCCUACCUAAUAUGCUUCUGUGCUGACAUUAGAUCUCAGUUGCUUGAUGCUCUCAGAAGAUAAUUCCAAAGAUACUUGGCUAAGGUGUCUUGCUAAAAUUGAGUUUCAUAAUUUUUAUCCAUUUUUUUCUCCCAGCUAUCUGUGCCCCAUGGAAUGCUGAUGCAUAUCAUUGAUUUUACCUUGUUGAAUUUAUGUCUCUUAUUCUGUUCCACCCUGCAUUCUGUUUGGAAGUUUCCAUUUCUUGAUCUGUUAGCUUGUUACUCCUCUAAAUACCACCAUGCACCCAAUUGGUUAUUGGACUGUUAAGUUGGAAGCAAAAUUGAGUUAUACAAGAAUAAUUUGACACUUACGUUUCCCAUCUCAUAAUUGCUUCUUUUCAUCAGUGUUGCAUUAGAGAUGCAAAAUUUCAAUCUUGUCUGCCAUCAUUUUGGUAACUUUUUUGGAAAAGAUCUGCCAACUUGGAAGGCACGGCACUUCUCUUUUUGCUAGCAUCUUGAAAUUCAUUGCAAUGAAUGUUUUUUUCCUGUUUUAUGGAGUUUUUUUUAAUUAAUGGAAGUCAUUUUCAUGAAGCAUAAGUGCCCAACUCUAGUUGCAUCAUGGGAGACGCCUCAUGCUGUUGCCCCUGUAGGACCACAAAAACUUUCAUCUCACAUUUCAACCUAGUGGUUGCUUCUUGAAAAACUAUUUUAUUGGAUAAUCUCUAUGAUAUGAUGGUGCCAAUUCUUUCAUCAUCUUGUAACUUCAAUCAUUAAUACCUACGCUGGCACACUUAGAUCUAUAGACAAUUAAUAUAGUGAACAAGAAACUGAAGUGCUUCCUCCAUUCUGUUUUGACGUUUUGAGUAUUUGAAAAAAAAUUUACUAGAAAAUAGUACUGCAGUUUUCAUCUAUUUUGGUGGCUAAAAAUUUUAAAAUGUUUCAUGCCACAGAUUCUGUAGGACGCAAAAUAGAAAAAAGAAUGGAGUAAUCUUAUGUAAGAAGAAAGUCUUCUCUUACAAAUAUAAGUACAUUACCCUCUUUUGGUUUUGACUUCAGGAGAACAAAAUUACAGAAGCCAUUGAGGAUGUUGGUUUUGAAGCUAAAUUGAUUGAUGAGGAGGUCAAGGAAAAGAAUGUUCUACUAUGCAGGUUACAUAUAAAAGGAAUGGCCUGCAAGUAUUGCACAAGCACAGUUGAAUUUGCCUUGCAAGCUUCUCCUGGGGUUCAAAGAGCUUCAGUUGCAUUGGCUACUGAAGAGGCUGAGAUCCGUUAUGAUCGCAGGAUUAUUUCUGCUAGCCAGCUAAUCCAAGCAGUGGAAGAAACUGGCUUUGAAGCGAUACUAGUGACGACAGGAGAAGACCAGAGCAGGAUAGACCUUAAAAUGGAUGGUGUUCUCGAUGAGACAUUGAUAAUGAUCUUGAAAAGCUCUGUACAGGCCCUUCCUGGUGUGGAAAACAUUACAUUCAACUCUGAGCUACACAAGGUCACCAUCUCAUACAAGCCUGACCAGACAGGUCCCCGGGACCUCAUCGAAGUCAUCAAUUCAGCCACAUUUGGUCAUGUCAAUGCAUCAAUAUAUCUGGAAGCAGAUGGAAGGGACCAGCAUAGGUAUGGGGAAAUCAAACGAUACAGGCAGUCUUUCUUGUGGAGCUUAAUAUUCACCAUUCCAGUUUUUCUCACCUCCAUGGUGUUCAUGUAUAUCCCUUGGCUGAAGGAUGGGCUGGAAAAAAAAGUUGUCAAUAUGAUGAGCAUUGGUGAAUUAGUUCGGUGGAUUUUGUCAACACCGGUCCAAUUUGUUAUCGGUCGCAAAUUUUAUGCUGGUGCUUACAAGGCAAUGUGCCGUGGCUCACCGAACAUGGAUGUCCUUAUUGCUCUAGGGACAAACACGGCUUACUUCUACUCAGUUUACUCAGUUCUUCGAGCAGCUACCUCUGAGAAUUACAUGUCAACUGAUUUUUUUGAGACUAGUUCCAUGCUUAUAUCAUUUAUCCUUCUUGGAAAGUACCUUGAGAUCUUGGCAAAAGGAAAAACCUCUGAGGCUAUUGCCAAGCUGAUGGAUCUUGCACCGGAAACUGCAACACUGUUAAUGUAUGACCAUGAAGGAAAUGUGGUAGGAGAGAAGGAGAUUGACAGCAGGUUAAUUCAGAAAAAUGAUGUGAUCAAAGUAGUCCCGGGUGGAAAAGUUGCUUCUGAUGGAUUUGUUAUUUGGGGCCAGAGCCAUGUGAAUGAAAGCAUGGUUACUGGAGAAUCACGGCCAGUAGCAAAGAGAAAGGGUGACACUGUAAUUGGAGGGACAGUGAAUGAGAAUGGUGUGCUCCAUGUCCGGGCUACAUUUGUGGGAUCAGAGGGUGCACUGGCACAGAUUGUAAGGCUAGUUGAGUCAGCGCAAAUGGCAAAAGCUCCUGUCCAGAAGUUUGCUGAUCACAUAUCUAGAGUCUUUGUUCCCCUGGUGAUUCUUUUUUCAAUGCUUACUUGGCUCACAUGGUUUGUCGCGGGGAGGCUCCAUAGCUACCCUCACUCAUGGAUACCACAAUCCAUGGAUAGCUUUCAGCUCGCUCUUCAGUUUGGGAUAUCGGUUAUGGUGAUUGCCUGUCCUUGCGCCCUAGGGCUGGCUACUCCAACUGCUGUGAUGGUUGCAACCGGAGUUGGUGCCUCACAUGGUGUUCUGAUCAAGGGUGGGCAAGCUCUGGAGAGUGCACAGAAGGUCGACUGCAUCGUUUUUGACAAGACAGGGACGCUUACUAUUGGGAAGCCUGUCGUUGUUGACACAAAGCUUCUUAAAAACAUGGUCUUGCGUGAAUUCUACGACUAUGCUGCUGCAGCAGAAGUCAACAGUGAGCACCCCCUGGCAAAAGCGAUAGUGGAGCAUGCCAAAAAGUUGCAUCCAGAAGAAAACCACAUUUGGCCUGAAGCAAGGGAAUUCAUUUCAGUAACUGGGCAAGGUGUCAAGGUGGAUGUUAGUGACAAGAGUGUCAUUGUGGGAAACAAGAGCUUUAUGCUGUCUUCUGGCAUUGAUAUCUCCUUGGAAGCUUUGGAAAUCCUCAUGGAAGAAGAGGAGAAGGCAAGGACAGGGAUUAUUGUGGCCAUCGACCAAGAAGUUGUUGGCAUAAUCUCCGUAUCUGAUCCGAUAAAACCAAAUGCCCAUGAAGUGAUAUCAUACCUGAAGUCCAUGAAUGUGGAGAGUAUAAUGGUGACUGGCGACAACUGGGGGACAGCUAAUGCUAUCGGCAAAGAGGUUGGCAUUGAAAAGAUUAUUGCUGAAGCGAAACCAGAGCAGAAGGCUGAGAGGGUGAAGGAACUUCAGUUGUCUGGAAGAACCGUGGCAAUGGUUGGCGAUGGAAUCAACGACUCCCCAGCACUUGUCUCGGCUGACGUGGGGCUGGCAAUCGGCGCAGGAACAGAUGUCGCCAUCGAAGCUGCCGACAUUGUCCUCAUGAAGAGCAACCUGGAGGAUGUGAUCACCGCCAUCGACCUGUCCAGAAAAACCUUCUUCCGCAUACGAAUGAACUACGUCUGGGCGCUCGGGUACAACGUCAUCGGCAUACCGAUUGCUGCAGGGGUGCUCUUCCCAUCCACUGGGUUUCGCUUGCCGCCCUGGGUUGCCGGUGCUGCAAUGGCAGCUUCGUCCGUCAGUGUCGUCUGCUGGUCCCUGCUGUUGAGGUACUACAAGGCUCCAAAGAUUGUUGGCAGUUGAUGACACAGCUGGAAGACGGGCAUAUCAUUUGCCAAAAACAAAUUACUCAGUAGAUAUCACAUAUUAUAUCACUGGCACUGCUGCUGCUGGAAUGAGAAGGUUGGCUGCUAACUGUCGCUGAAACAAAACUCUAAAAAAGAAUCGCUGAAACAAGCUGUACAUAUGUGUUAUAAGUAUAUACGGCGAUGCUAAGUGAACUGGUGGUGUAACUACUUGUGAUCUGCAUCGUUGUAUCGAUCCGUACCGUUUUUUUCCCUCCUGAGAGGACUUA